AUGGAUAACUUGGUUUGUAUCGUUACAGGUGCUAAUUCAUUGACUGGUAUUGGUCGAGCUGCUGUAUACGCAUUUGCCAAAAAGAAUGCUCGAGCUAUUUACGCUACGGAUAUUUCUGAGGAGAAUUUAGUGUCUUUGGCUGAAGAUAUAUAUAAAACAACCGGCGUUGAAUGUAUCCCAAAGCAUAUGGAUGCUAGCUCAGACGAUGAUAUUCAAGCUGUAAUAGGAGAUGCCAUGGCCAAAUUCGGUCGACUUGAUGUGUACUUUGCAAAUGCUGGUAUUGCAGGUCCUCACCCUAUGAAAACUGAGACACAGGAUGAAUUCUUGAACAUGAUGCGAGUCAAUUCAUGGAGUGUUUACGCUGGAAUUAAAUAUGCAUCAGAGGCAAUGGAAAAGACAUCUGCAGAAAAGCCUUCCAGCAAUGGGUCAAUUAUAGCAACAGCAUCAGUCGCUGGUGUUCGAUCUGGCGCAGGUCCAAUGUCAUAUUCUGCAUCUAAAGCAGCUGUUAUCAACCUGUGUCAAUCUGCUUCUUGGAGAUUGCGCGGAAAGAACAUUCGAGUGAACGCAAUUUGUCCUGGCCUCAUCGUGACAGAGAUGACAGAAAAAGUAUUGGCAGCCAUCAAAGGCAAUGGAACCAUGGAAACCACUCUUAUGACAAGCUCUGCCUUGCAGAGAUUUGGCGACCCAAAGGAGAUUGCCGCAAUGGCAGCCUUUUUAGCUGGGCCUGAAGCUUCAUAUAUCACUGGCCAAGACAUCAAGGUGGAUGGAGGCAUGACAGCAUCACUUCCCUAUGCUCCUCUGUUUGCUGACAAUUAG